CUUCAAAACAGCUCCCAAGUACUUUCACAACAGUUUUUUGACCCAGACUGGAAACAGCCGGCAGAAAAUGGCAGCAACAGCAAAAUACAAUGAACCGAUCCAGAAUAUUCAGUUCCUCGAAGAGGAUAUGGUAUUGGCCAGUGAAACAAACGCGCAAGACGCUACCUUUGAUUCGAUCGUCGGUGAGCUUGAAGACAUGUUGAUGGACCCCUAUUUCAUAUCCCUCCAAGAAUCCCUCCUUUCCGAAAACUGCCACCACUUUACAGACGAUGAGGAAAACAAACUUGUUUACAUGGACGUGUUUCAGCAAUACGUGUCCAAGUUGGAACAAUUUAUUGAAAAACGACUCAAAUCCCGAUUACCGGGCUUCUCGAUGGCGGAUUUCAUGGGCAUGAUAAAGAACCGACCAGAACAAUUGGACGGUGACGUCUUUGAUGUUCUGAGCAGCCUAGCAGACUUCAAUGCGUUCAAGGAUCUCAUUCUUAGUUACAAAAAUGAACAACAAGGUCUGUCCUUGGAUCUUUCAGAUCUGUUGGCUGUGCAAGGGACAGGCUCAUCAAGCGGAGCCAUGGCUGUCGCUGCAGAGCGCCCUGGAAGACGUUCAAAAGUAGUCACAUGAAGGCCAUAGGAAGCUGUUCUUUUAAUGUUACAUGUAACUGUCCGAAAGGUCCAUCAUAUUCACUUCUUCUGAGACGCCAAGGACUUGUACAUUUG